UCUCUGCCUCGCUACGUGAAGAUCCGCCGGCAGCCUCAUUACUUAGCUCUAAAUGACAUUCUUUGGAAUUUAGCCCUGCUGAGUUUGUAUAGUAUCUGAAAUAAGUGUGCUUCGCAGUUCCAGUUUAUUUCAGUGGGAUUUGCUUCGAUGCUUCAUAUGGACUAAAGAUUCAUUGACUACUAUAAUGGAAAAAUCAUGGAUGCUUUGGACUUUCAUUGAAAAGUGGCUCCUUACGUUGGUCUCAUGGUCCUGGGGCCUCUGCCGUAUCUCUCUCUUACCUUUGAUAGUAACUUUUCAUUUGUAUGGAGGCAUGAUAUUACCUCUGCUAAUAUUUGUAUCUAUUGCAGGUAUAUUAUAUAAAUUCCAGGAUGUGUUGCUUUAUUUCCCAGAGCAACCUGCUUCAUCGCGACUCUAUGUCCCCAUGCCUACUGGCAUCCCACAUGAAAACAUCUUCAUCAAAACCAAAGAUGGUGUGUUGCUCAAUCUGAUUCUACUCAGAAACACAGGAGACAAUUCCUCAUAUUCACCUACUAUCAUUUACUUUCAUGGAAAUGCAGGAAACAUUGGUCACAGACUACCCAAUGCUUUGCUGAUGCUGGUAAACCUGAAAGUCAACUUAUUGCUGGUUGACUAUAGAGGCUAUGGAAAAAGUGAAGGAGAAGCAAGCGAGGAUGGCAUCUAUUUAGAUUCUGAGGCUGUGCUAGACUAUGUGAUGACUAGAUCUGACCUUGACAAGACAAAAAUCUUUCUCUUUGGACGAUCCUUGGGGGGAGCAGUUGCUAUUCGCCUAGCAUCUGAGAAUUCCCAUAGGAUUUCUGCCAUCAUCGUGGAGAACACAUUCCUUAGUAUCCCGCAUAUGGCCAGCACUCUGUUUUCUUUCUUUCCAAUGAGGUACCUUCCUUUGUGGUGCUAUAAAAACAAGUUCCUCUCCUAUCGAAAAAUAUCUCAGUGCAGAAUGCCUUCACUCUUCAUAUCUGGGCUUGCUGACCAGCUGAUUCCUCCAGUUAUGAUGAAGCAGCUUUAUGAGCUUUCCCCUGCUCGGACUAAGAGAUUGGCAAUAUUUCCAGAUGGAACUCAUAACGACACUUGGCAGUGCCAAGGCUACUUCACAGCACUUGAACAAUUCAUCAAAGAAGUUGCAAAGAGUUAUUCCCCUGAAGAAAUGGCAAAAAUGUCAUCUAAUGUAACAAUAAUAUAACUAACUCCAGUCUUUCUGUCUGAUACAACUGCAAUGUACCUGGAUUUGUAGAAAGUGAUAAAGAAUGACAAUUUUUAAAGUGUGUACUCUGUCUUGUACUUAUCUAAAGAGCAAAAUUAAACAUGGAGAGAUCUAAUAAA